ACAACCCUCGGCGUCCGGAUGACCCUCAAAGAGGGACUCUCGCUGGAAAGCCUUCCCCACCAGCUUCGGGUCGGCGGGGGCAACGUCUUGGUAGUGGUCCCCGGGCGCGCACCGAUAUGUCUUCGUUGCCGUCGCACGGGGCAACGAAGACCGAUAUGCCGUCUUCGUUGCCGCGCCAUCGGACACGAGACCAGGGAUUGUGUCAAGACCUACGCCCGUGUAGUCGGCAACAGAGCCACCGAGGAAACCUCCGAGCUGCUGAUGGACGAAGAGGAGGCGGAGGAAGCAGCAGCACCGGCGUCACCGAAGGAGCUGCAAGGGCAGAGCCAGCUGCUGGGAGAACAGGGAGGCUCAAGAGAGGUAGAGACCGGGGCUUCUCAGUCGGCGUUAACCCUCAAGACGGCUCCAGAAGGAAGCUAUGAAGCCUCCGACAAGGAGGGGAAGGCGACGCCGGAAGACGCCGUCGAGGACCCUCAGCCAGGAAAUACCGAAGAUGUCAAGGGUGGCGGCGAAGACAUCGUCAUGACCACAGAAAACUGGGCGGUGAAACGAAGGCUGGAUGACUCUGCAUCUGGGAGUGGGGAGGCAAAGCUGCGCCUCGAACGGGAAUGGCGCGGCAAGGUGGGGCGCUACAAGUCCCGGCCUGAGUGA